CGUCGCGUUCACCGAAUGCCACAAAUCUUGGCUAAGAGCGGAGUUGGCAACAGUCAGCUGGACAACUUGUAGAUGUUGAUUUCGUAGCCAAAUAGUGUAAAGUUUUCGUGGCCAAAUUGACUCAAUUAAAAGCUACUCAAAUAUACAAAUAAAAAAAAUCAAAAAAACUUUUAACUCCAAUCAAGCAAUUUUAACUUGCAACAGUUUGUGGCGCGUAUUAGCUAUUGUGUUGCAGCAUGUUGCUAUACGCAAUUAAGUAAACUGUAAUUGGUUUUUGAUUGUGGUUACGUGUAAUUUAAUUGGCUUGGCAAUUAGCUGGGCAAUCAAACAAUUUAAUGAAAUACUGUGAAAUGCGCACAAUAAUCACAAAGCCGUCAGUUUCAUGCUAAAUAUCAGAACUUUUGUAAGAAUACAAAUUUAUCUGUGAACUUAUUUAAUCACUCAGAUACAGUUUUUCAUAGACUCUGUGUUUCUUCGAGCGGGAAAUAUCAAGCAGUGGGUAGCUUUAAAGAGAGCUACAACCAAAAAUAAUUAUUAGAAAUAUUCGCCACAAUAAGCAAGACUCUAAUUAAGUGAGAGUCUUUGAUGUAUGCAUAUGUCCACUACAGACAUUGGUAAAUGUUAUUCACAAGCAAUUCCAACUGAGUGCCAAAAUUGAAUAUGAUGGAUACUUAAAAGCACCGUGGAUAGGUCAGUUAAAACAAGAACAGAGCGCAUAGAAAUGAAUGUCAACGCGUUUUAAGUGCGCUCAGCUCUCGCUGCUGGUGGCCCAUAAAAGAAUCAGGGCCGGAACGUGACUUUUGGUGCAAGUAAAUUGAAGCCGCAGAGCGAUAAAAAAGUGCAAUGCCAACCUGAGCGUAAUUCGUUAGCGAAAUCAAACAGAUAAAAAAAUAUUUAUAUAUAUAUACAUAUAUAUAUCGUUUGUCCAUGGCGGCCACUUCAGCUGCAUCAGGAAUGGGCGCAGCCAGGGGACUGCAUCAUCUAUCCUGCCCGGCAAUUUGGAUGCUGCUGCUGCCACUGCUUGCCGCAGCUGCGACGGCAGCCCCUACAUCAACGACGACCGCGGAUCGUCGUCGGUGCGCACACAAAGGCAUCGCAGAGCUGAUUCGCACCAGUCCGGUAAUUGUCAAAGCUCUGGCAGCUCGCAUCUUCACCGAUGCCGAACUGGCCGAACAGGCGGUGGACACGGCCUUUGCAUCGCAGGCUGCCACAAUUUUAAUAACAUUAACUCCUGAAACGAUAUACAAAGGCGCAUCGCUGCUCAAAAUGGCCAAUGGCGCCGCUGCUGGCAGCCUGGGCGCCGACGGCUCUGCAUCCAGCGGAGCGCGACGAGGCGGGCUUUUCAGCGGCUCCAAUGCUUGGAGUGGGAGCGGUUCAGCCUAUCAGUAUGCGGGGCAACUGAAUGCCACAUUGCAGCCGCUGCAAUGCUUCGAUGCUAAUAUGCUGAAAAUGUUGCCCACGGAAUUAAUUGCUUUUGGCAAAUUACUGCCUGCCUCAGCGGUAACUGGCACCGGCUUCCCAGGCAGCCCGGGGGGCGCAGCUGUGGCCUCCAGACAGAUGCAGCGACCGCCGCAGGGAUCAGGCUUGGGUGGUGCCGUUGACAUGGCCAACGACAAGGAUGUGCUGCAUAUCAGCGUCAACGGGCUGCAUCGUUGGACGCCGCAAUUCGAGAAUCAUAUCUGGAAGCAUUUGGGCUGGGACGAUUGGAGCGAUUUUACGCUUUGCAGCGUCACCUGCGGCAAAGGUGUGCAGCAGCGUUUCCGUCGCUGUCUGCUGGACAAUCCACUGGUGAACAUUAACAUGAAUAUGAAUCUGAAUCUGAAUCUGGACGAUGACGACGCGAUCGAAGAGGAGGAGGAGGUGGCAGAGGAGGAGCAGUUGGAUGUCGAGGACGCUGACGAGGCGAAUAAUGAUGCAGCAGAGACAACGACAGCGGCAGCAGCAGCAGCAGCAACAGCAACAGCAGCCACAUUGAAUGCUGAUAAUAAUGAAGUGCUCAGUCAGGACGACUUUGCCAGUGCGGGUGGAACAGAGGACGAGCCAGAGGAUACGCUGCUGCUGAUGAUGCAACCAGCAGCAGCUGUUGACCUCCCACUCGACCCAACGAAGCAGCAGUCGAUGAGCACCCAGACAACGACAACAGCAACUGCAACUGCAAAUGCAGCAGCAGCAGCAGCAGCAGCAACUGGGCCAACAAGCGGCGGUAAUGAAGCGACAGGCACAGGUGUCAGCUUUGUGGCAGUUGCACGUAAUGACCGUCGCAGGACACGUGCAAAUAAUCAGCACAAAAAACGCAAAGUGACCAAGAGCCUAGCCCUAUCCACACUGCUAUGCGAGGGCUACAACAUCGAGCAGCGCAACUGCAACAGUUUCGAGUGUAGCGAUGAUAUCAGCGAUUUGCUCAAGUUCUACAAGAAGCUACCCAUGCCCGUCGCUGAGGAGCUGCCAACUGUCGCCAGCUACGACAAUUCGCCAGCUGAGUUCUCAGAGCUGACAACACCCGUUUCUGUGGGCGUGCCCUCCUCGUCCACGCCCGCAAAUAUGGGCUACAUACGCAGCUGGCGGAAUAUGCUGAACUUCACAUUGAUGAUCACUCUGAGAGCAAAGAAUGAUACGAAAAAUGCCUCGACACUUUUCUCCAUACGCAACGGGACACACAAUUUGUAUCUGGAGGCCUGCAAGGAUGGACUCCGUUUGUAUCUGGAGCGCGACAAUACAACGGAAAUGUUGCCGGUGAAAUUCAAUUUAUAUGAUUAUCGUUGGCAUCAAGUGGCUAUCAGCAUACAAAAUGGCGAUUUCAUAUCGAUUUACGUCGAUUGCUUGUGGACAAACAGUUUUGUUGUCUCAAAGCGACUGUUUACGCUGCCCCUGGACGCGGAUGUGGAAAUUGGACGCGGCUUUAAUGGGGAGCUGCAACAGUUGCUGGUACUGCCGGAGCACCAAGAGCGGCUGCAGUGCAGCAACAAGAGGACAUCUAUUAACGAGGUGAAGCGCUACAUUAUCGACACAUUCAUCGAGGACUAUGCCAGCAAUUGAGGCGUGACGACAUUUAUAUAUGCAUGGUAAACACAGCCUAUACAAUGCCAAUAACAGGAGCCAAAUCAAAUGAGAAUCGUAAAUGUAUUUGAGUUGCAAACAUGUGAAUGUGUAAUGAAUAAUGCAAAUCAUUUUGAAUGCGGCAUUCAAAUUCAAUGGCUAGAAAUUUCAGUCUAUAAAACUACACAUAAAUAUGCAAAAGCAUUGAUAUAUAUAAACACACUACAUAUAUACAUAAAUAUAUAUUGUGAUUGAUGUUUCCUAGCAGCGCAUUCAAGUAUUGUAAAUUAUGCUCUCGUGUGUGUGUUUGUGUGUGUGUUAUUUUGUAAUUAUAAAUGCACCCACAGUAUACGCACGAGUGUUUAUCAAGUACUCACCGUAGUAUGAACACAAUUACGAUUAAUGCUUACGAUAUUGCACUAUAUUACACAUGAACACAUGUAUGUGAAUGCCAAAAAAAUGUAUUUGUAAUAAUUUAAGUUGAUUUGACAAAAAACAAUAAUUAUAAUGCAAAAAAGGAACGAAAUAGUAAAAUCAAAAAAAAAAAAAAAUAACCUAUUAUUAUAUUCAUGUAAAAUGUGCGGCAAAUUGCGUAAAUGUAAUAUCGAAUAUGAUAUAAAAA